CAGAGGUCACCCACGGACUGCGAUGGAGGAAAGUCGGUCACCGACGGGUGAGAUUCAUGCCCCCGUCCCACAAGACGUGCCAGCCGCACUUGUGCCUGCUUUGUUCCAGAAAUAGUGUUGAUAUGGAAGAAGGAAGUGAGUAACGUGGACAGCAGCGAGGUUGAUUUGAGACAACAGCACGACAGCCACAACCAACUAGGGUCACCACAUCACAACAUUGGGGACAGACCACACCACAACUCCACAUCAAGGUCACAUCAAGGCCCGGUGGUGAUGUGGAAGAAGGCUGGGGGCAAUGGUGGCACGGAAGUGAUGCAGGUGAGACACCAGGAUGCCGUGGCAUGGAGGAAAGCCUUGGCCAGCAGUGUCGAGAACAGCAACUCUUCGGAUACACAUCCGGAUGAAACAGAAAUAUGGAAACCUGCAGUUAACUCCCUUGACCAAAAUGCAGGCGAUCUACGAAAAGGACAUGUGAUAUGGAAGAAAAGCGUUGGGGAUGUUGACAGUAGCGUGUCCGACACGCAGCACCAGGAGAGUGUGUUGUGGAAGAAGCAAAUGCAUGGUAGUAUGGGGGACAUGGAGGCACAUGAUGGCAUUGUGUGGAAGAAAGCAGUUAGCAGGGUCGACCGACCUGAGAUGAAUCAGCAGGACGACCAGAGUCCGCUGCAGUCACCACAUCACGACAUAGGAGACAGACCUCUCAUCAACUCCACACCAAGGUCACCUCAAGGAUGGACACAAGAAUAUAGAAAUUCCAAACUCUCAGUCACUUCGGAAUAUGAUGAUUCCAAAGUUCCCGGUGAAGGUGAUCGUCCAAAUUCUGGGAAUGGCUACUUACCUGUGAAUGUGUCCAGCCCAUCGAUUCCCAGUCCAGGUGCCUCCAAGGUGGCCCAACCUGCUCUCAAGUGUCUGGUGUGUGGGGACAAGUCGUCUGGUGUCCACUAUGGAGUGCUGGCGUGUGAAGGUUGCAAGGGAUUUUUUCGUCGAGCACUUCAGAAUGUUGGUGACCCAGCACGGAAGAAGUGUUUCUACAACAAGAACUGUGAGAUAAACAUCCAAACACGAAACCGAUGUCAGUAUUGCCGUCUACAGAAGUGCUUGGCACUUGGAAUGUCCAGAGCAGCUGCAAAACUUGGCCGUCGUUCUCGGAAGAUGCGAGAAAUGAUCCGAAGUAUAGAAGACACCCAGACAGAGCAGGCUCUUCAUGGACUAUUGAGCCUGAAUCCUGAGUGCUCCACGCAGAGCCCCAGCGGCAACCCCGCCCUCAACACCAUGGUUAUCAGCAGUCUCAACUUCCCCGCAGACAACCAGUCUUCAAUGGCUGCCCUCUCCAUGCUACUCAAACAGAGACAGAAUCUGAACCAUCUCAUUGGUCAACCCCGUGUUGCUGAACAGUCACUAGAGAUGGAUAACAGCAACGACCUACACAACAACAGCAACAACAUCAGCAGCACCAGCAACAACAGUUUAAGCACCAGCAACAACAGUGUGAGUGAGGCAGAAUCCAGCCAUCAGUAUCACCUUACAUCAGAGCAUGAGCCACUGAUGCUGAAGGUAGAACGGAGGGAGUCAGUGCAGGAACACUUACCUCAGCCGGAACCAGAUUACCCACCAAGGUCAUCACCACUUGUCUCCAGGUCAUCGCCAAGCGUGUCCGACCUGCCUCUGUCCCCACACCCACGUCUCACUAUUGCAGAACCAACAGUGAGCGUGAGUACAAUUCCCACGACAAUCUCACCCCGUUCAGCUGUACCAUCUCGUCUCUUGGCAGUGGCAUCAAUGUCUAAGCCGCAGAUACAGCCUCCCCAAAAUAGCAGUAGCAUUAGCAGCAGCAGCAGCAGCAGUAGCAUCUCCAGCACCCACUCUGUGAUGGGUUCCCUUCUGCGCACCCCACCGCAGAUCAACUACACCCUGCCAUCGCUGUCCUCACAGCAGUUCUACAUCAAAACUGAAGAAGGUGGUACAGAGUGUGUGAUGUCCACUGUUGUUCCAGCAAUGACAUCCAUGCUGCCGCCUGCUGUCUCCUCCAGCACGUCUCUCGGAACAAUGGACAGUGCACACAGCCAGCAACCAUCUGUGAUCGUUCAGAACCUGACACUUGAUCUUCGCAAGAAGUCAGAAGAGUUGAUUAGUCGUAGCCCAAUCAAAAAGCGACCAUAUUACCCAACAGAAGACAGUCAGACCGAAAUUAUCCAAAGACAUGAAUCAAUUGAACCCAAAGAAAAAUUCCAAAAAGUCAACCAUAUGGAACAAAACACAAACUUAAGUAAACAAAGACACAUAUCUAAUGACCAGUGGCCAGUGAGGCCCGACACUAACUCUUACCAAGACACCCCCAUGACAAGCCACUACAGUCGGGUGUCACAUGACCAGGCACCUGUUGAACACACAGCGGUGGUGACACCAAUAGUCAACAAGAGUCGGACCAAUAUAUAUUCUCGACGGGUGGAAGAGGAAGCUAAACUUACUGUACCAAGCAUGAUAUCCAAAAUACAAGAAUCGUUUGUGACGACAUUUACACUUCUCAAGGUGCGACUUGGAGAGAUGUCCCAAAAGCUCCGAGAGUACCAAGGGCAGAACUCCAUGGAACGCAUGAUUGGACGAAUUGUCACAGAGCAUCUCAACUCUGACAACAAACAGGUGUCAGGCAACAUGACAGGGGAGAUCUGCUGGCAACACUUUCAGCUCCUGCUCAACAAAACCAUCCAGGACGUUGUCAUCUUUGCAAAGAAGAUCCCCGGCUUUGCUGUCCUCGACCAAGAUGAUCAGAUCAGUCUGAUCAAGGGAGGAUGCUUCGAGGUGGCCUGUGUGGUCUGUGCUCCCUUCGUUGACGUCGACACCAACACCAUCUACCUACUGGGGAACAAUUCCCUGGUCACUCGCGAGGAGAUGAAGACUGGUUUUCCGCUUGGGGAGCAUUUUGUGGAGCUUCUGUUCACUCUGUGUAUCCGCUUCAAUGCCUUCAAACUCCAGGAGUCAGAGAAGUCUCUCUUCAGCGCUCUCGUCCUCAUCUCCCCAGAUCGUCCAGGGUUGAAGAACCGUGAGAAGGUGAUGAGACUGCAGGAGAUGCUGAUCCAGGCCCUGGAGGCGGAGAUCUCCUCCUGUCACCCUGACGAGGUCGGCCUGUUCCCUCGCCUGCUCAUGAGCAUCUCCAGUCUGCGGGAGCUUGGUGUGGAACACAGACGCAUGCUGGAGUCACUCAAAGGACAAAUGAGUUUCCCUCACAACCUGUACGCUGAGACAUUCGAUCUCAUUCCGUGACACUAUGGCAACGACCUUGAACCCGGUGACAAGAUCAAGCCCAUGGCUACUAGUAGCUAUUAUAUAAAUACUCUAUACCACGGAGGCGCUAGCCAUUAAUUUAUUAUUGCAUAAACUUUCCAUCAAUGAUAACGAGCUUUAAAUGCCUCGUUAAAAAAUAUUUAUCUUGUCUUUCCAUUUUGAAUAUUAGAAAUAUCUAUAUAUAUUAUACAUAUACAUUUGAAUAUAUGACUAUAUUGUAUGACCGUCAUGUGACACCAGUUGUGCUUUGGCUGCUUCCAUCUUCAUCUGACACAAUGAUUGACCUCAGUGACCUUGAAGGUCAAGGUCAUGCUUUCUCAAGGCCAUGUUGCAGACACGCGUGAGCUUGGUUUGCCGUGGCUAGAUGUAGGCAGCAUGCAUAGUUCUGGCAGCAGUGUGUCGUCAUCAUGUUCGUCAUCAUGCCAUACCAUGGUACAAUGCCAUAUCGUCCACACAUUGGGUUACAUCCUUCCCAUCAUGCAUAUCUGUCCUUGCAGUGCAGUGUUCUUCCCUCCUCACAUUGCCUUUGCCAUCUUGAGUCACCGAUAUCCACUGACACGGAACACUGCGUUUGUAUAGGCGUGUUCCUUGCAGUUCCGUGCAGUGUAUCGAGAUGGACCACAAUGUUUGUAUAAUGGAUUUUCUAUGUUUUGCCGCUGUGUGUCCAGCUGCAUCUGCCCCGUGUUUCUUGUGUCAGUACCAGUGUUGUGAGAUAGACAUUAUGAUAAUCCUGCCAUGUGGUGUCAGUCGGUCAGCAUAAUUUAUUGUUAUUGUAUAUUGAUGUUGGACUUGGCUUCAAGUUUAUAUACUUUUACCUAUAUCUGUUCAGUUGGUGUGAACAACCUAUAUGCAGUUUGACAUCAGUGGCUGACAUGAUCCACAGACAUGGUAUGGAUCUGCCAAAAUAUCACAUCUUAUCAUUGUCUUGGGUGUACAGAAAAGAAUGCGAAUAAGCAUGAAUGUCAUGAAUCCAAAAUUUUAAUGUUGAAAAUUACUGAGCACAUGCAGUUUGUAUUUCUAAAUCAACAUUGUCUUGCUUACUGCCCGUCUCAGUCACAGGUGAUAGUCUUACCUGGUGUUAUCGUGUUUGAAUCGGUUCAUGAUAUCAUCAUUAUGCUAGUCAUACCCAGUGGUAUGAUGCUACUCACACUGGUUCUAUGUUUAGUGGACCUGCAGAUAUAUGGUUUUGUAAUCCAGGUAAUAAGUUAAUGUCUGUUGUACCCGGUGAUAUGAUUGUGUCAAAAAACAUCUAAUGAUAUUAUGAUGCCCUUGCAAGGUAAUAUCAUGCUCGUAACACCCGGUGAAAUCAUCAUGCUUACAACACUCACCAAUAUCAUGCUCAUAACAUCCAAUGAAAUCAUCAUCUGCAACACCCGCUGAUAUCAUGCUCGUAACAUCCGGUGAAAUCAUCAUGUGCAACACCUGCUGAUAUCAUGCUCGUAACAUCCAGUGAAAUCAUCAUGUGCAACACCCGCUGAUAUACUCGUAACAUCCGGUGAAAUCAUCAUGCAUGCAACACCCGCUGAUAUACUCGUAACAUCCGGUGAAAUCAUCAUGCAUGCAACACCCGCUGAUGUCAUGCUUGUAACAUCCGGUGAAAACAUCAUGUUUGCAACACCCGUUGAUAUCAUGCUUGUAACAUCUGGUGAAAACAUUUUGCUUGCAACGCCCACUGAUAUCAUACUUGUAACAUCCGGUGAAAUCAUCAUGCUGGCAAC